ACACCUCAUGAAUAAAUCUGUUUGUUUCGUUGCAAAAUAUUAUUUGCUUUCGUCUCACUGCACAAAAAAAAAACGGAACCGAGAAAUCACGUGAAACCGGUCCUGCUCAUGUGAUGUGAAAAUGGCCGCUACGGGGGAGGAGGCCGCAGCGAUGGACAGCAUCAGUAAAGCACCGGCUCCUCCGACAGAGCUCAACCUCACGGCCGAGCCCGAGCACAUGAGAGAGGCUACCACCAGCGACACGACAGAGAACCAGAAACCGAAAAGACCCAGUAAUAACAAUGACGGAGGUGUGGAGACAGCAGAAGAAGCCACUGAACCCACUGAACCAGAUAUCAAUGAGCUCUGCAGAGACAUGUUCGACAAAAUGUCGGUUUUCUUGCAGGGAGAGCUCACUGCUACCUGUGAGGACUAUAAACUCCUGGAGAACAUGAACAAACUCACCAGUUUGAAGUACAUGGAGAUGAAGGACAUAUCUAUCAACAUUAGCCGAAAUCUGCAAGACCUCAAUCAGAAAUAUGCCAGCUUGCAGCCUUAUCUGGAUCAGAUUAACCAGAUCGAGGAGCAGGUUACGGCUCUGGAACAGGCAGCUUAUAAACUAGACACUUAUUCAAAAAAACUGGGGGAAUCUCCUCAUCCACCACCAGUGUGCAGCAUCCACCUGGAUGAUGCGACAGCAGCCAUAUUGCGCCAGAAUGCUGAUUGGUGGACAGGAGACAGAGGAGCCAUGAUGGACAGAGGCCAGUGGGCAAAUUUGUUCAGAAUGCCGGGAGGCCAAGUUUAAGAAACUGGAGAAGCGGUGAAAAUGAUCACUCCGUCAUACUUAUCCUCUAUGUUUUUGUAAGCCUCUCAGUGAUCAUGUCUAUUUUAUGCACUAAACAAUCACCAAACCAUCCUCACUAUGGCACUGUCAUAGUCUCCAAGUUAUAGCAUUAAGUACAUCACACAUUGAAUGCUCCUUUAUUGUUCACAAGAGUUAAGACUAUAAAGGGCAUAUUUCCUGAUUUCAAAAUUUACAUUUACAAACGCAUGAAUACAGAAAAACCUAUAAAGUUUAUUUAAAAUGGCUUGUUCUGUUGUUCAAGAUGAUAUUUUCUGUGACUUAUGAACUUUUCGUAUGCCUGUAGUUAGAAAAGAGAAUGUUUUGUUAAGCAUUUGUAUUACUGACUAAUUAUUUUCAAAAGUAUUAAUAAACCUCAAAAUGUCA